AUGUCAUCUUCUGAUAAAGAUACUCAAAGAAAAAGUAGAACCGCUAUACCAGGUGAAAAUUAUGACUCACUCAAUCCUGAUUAUGAUACAGACGAAAUAUUAUAUUUGGAUAUUUCAGUAGAAUUUAAUCCGGCAAGUCCAAAAUGGAAAUCAAUAACAGGAAUUGCCCCACCGCUCGCAUUUCAUAGCAUGUCAAUUGGAGGCGAAAGUAACGAAUUAUUAAUAAUAUUUGGAGGUACAUCUAAAUACACCAUACCACCAAAUACAUUAUAUAUAUUUAACACAACAAGCAGUACGAAAGCAACGAAUUCUCCGACAACGGUAAAUGUUAAAGGCUCAAUCGAGCAUACUUCGAUUACGAGAUAUAACGAUUCAAUGGUCUUUAUAUUUGGUGGAACUAGUCAAAUUAUUACUAAUGAUAAUGCAACUGAUAUAGUUAUUGAUGCAUUCAACGAUAUGCACGUGUUAGAUUCUAAAUCAAUUACAUUCAACACAAUUUCUCCCUCAAAUGGGAAUGCUACAGGGGCGAUUCCAAUUGAUAGAAGAGUUCAUCGGGCUGUUGGAACAAACGAUAAUAAAAUUAUCAUUUAUGGUGGAUGCAAUAAAGAUUAUUCUAUAAAUUAUUCUGAUUUAAUAGUUCUUGAUACAACUACACUUCAAUGGACAGCUCCCGCUACUCAAGGAACUCCUCCCCCACCAAUGUAUGCUCAUACAAUGACAAUGGUUGGAACAAAUGUUAUAAUAGCAUUUGGUUUUAUUUCGGGUUUCGAUACAACACAAGAUAUUUACAUACUUGAUUCCACCAAUUAUACUUGGAUGCCAACUUAUGUACCUAAUAAUCUUGAAAUUACCAAUACAAAACCAAUUAAUGCAUCUUCUAAUGACCCUUCAUCAUCGCCGUCAUCGCCGCUCGUUGGCUGCAAUUUUUUUGAUUAUAAUCUUGUGCCACCUAUUUCAGGUACUAUUCCUUAUAAUCAGUUGCCAACAACAAUAAAUAAUCAAGAUCCAGCGGGACAACUACCUCCUACAAUGUCACACUUUGUCAGCAAGUCAAAUGCAGGUUCUGAUAAGGGUAGUACAAUAACCAAUAAUGAGCAUAAUGAAUCUUACUACAACAACAGUUCUUCUAGAAACAGUUCAAAAACCAACUCGAAUAGAUUUAAAAAACCUCAACCUCCAACACCUCCCUCAAAAUAUGAUGAUGAUGAUGGAUAUCCACAAUCAAAUAGACUGUCUGCAUCUUCCAGUCUCUAUGCGCCUUCACGCCCUGAUUCUCCUCCCUCAAUGAAUCCUCCGAUUCUACCUUCUUCUACUGACACCUCGUCGUUCUCCUCAUCAAAUGAAAAUAAUGAUGAAAUAGUGAGAGUAACUGAUAACGAUUACGACAAUGAUAACGCUGCCCCGAUAUUUUCAAUUUCUCCUAGUGAAGAAGCCGGAAUAAAAGAACCAAGAAAAAUUGAAAAAAGAGCUUUUAGUUUAAGAUCAGCACAAAGACUUAUUGCAAAAAAGACCGAACACAAAAUAUUAAACAUUUAUAUAUCAAGAAUGGCAUCUGUCAAUAGCGAUGUUGUUUGCAAAGAUGACUGUGAUAAUGCUCAUCAUUCAAAUGUAGAUUGGUUAAAUAAUAAAGAUCAUAGAAAUUGGAUAUCUCACCACAAGUUACAAAAUUUGCGCGACAAUUUGGAUAUGAAAAUCGGCAUAUUGGAAAUUGAUAAAGUAACAGGAAUAACUGAAUCACAAAAUAAGCUUGAUAAUUAUAAAAAAUUGUUUGAAAGAACAAAAAAACGUUGA